GGAGGGGCGUGGCGGGGCGACGGCCGUUGCAGCGCGCCCGGCCCUGCCUCAGAGCCCAGGGAUGAAGCAACUGUGCUGUUCAUGUCUGCUGUGGCUUGGACUCCUACAGGCUGCUUUCUCCCAGGAGCAAGAGGAAAGCAAACCCAGGAGGCUGUGCGGCAGGCACCUGCUGUUAGAAAUUGUAAAGCUGUGCGGCCAGGCUGAUUGGAGCCAGUUCAUGAUAAACGAACCUUUGGCACAGCUCUCUCAUCAGUCCUCACAGGAGGUCAAAACCUUCAGCCCUGAGCAAAUCCCUUCUUCGGCCUGGGGAAGAUUCACAAACCCAGUUCUUGCACCUGUCUCUCAGGAGAAAGCAAUAAACACUUGGGAAGACCAGCCACCGCCCAUCUAUCAGUUUGAGAAGGCCAACUUGUUUCCUGAGGACACAAAAGAGUUUUCAUCCCACAAUGCCAAUCCCUAUUUUGACGGUGUAAAGCUUCAGAAGAAACGCACAAACAAAAUCAACACCUUCAGCAGCUUAUUCUGGGGGAACCAUCCCCAAAGGGAGCGCAGAGGUUUCUCAGAUAAAUGCUGCCUUAAAGGAUGUACACAGGAAGAGCUUGCUGUUGCGUGUCUCCCGAUCCCUUUCACCUUACCCACCAGUCCCCAGGUCGUGUCUACCCUCCAGGCCUAGCCCAGCUGGUACACCCUGUGCCCUAGCCCAGCCUGGUAUGUAUCCAGUGAUCCAAAUUUUACAAACUCUUGAACCAGAAUGUCUGCAUUAAAAUAUAGGUAACAAUAAAGCUUGAGUGUACAUCCAAUUAAAAAUGCAUAAUUCAAAAUUUCAAAA